AGUACCUACUGUGACGAUUGUUCUGCAACAAAUUGUAUUGAAUUAUGUAAUUUAAAUAUAGAUAAAGAGAAUUACAAAACGUUUAUGGAUUUUUGAACACAAUUAAGUUUUUUUUAUAGAUAAAUAGUUUUGAAAUAGUUAUACAUUAUGGAGCCACUAGUAGAAAUCCCACGGGAUCAAUGGCCGGAACUUCGAGACUUGUACCGAACUCAUUGGCCGCGAGUAGCGGAAGCGUAUUGUUUCCUAGACAGCCAAAUAUCCUGUCCACGGAUAACUAAUGAAUUCAAUAUUAACAUUUAUAGCCCUCAUGGUAACAUUCGUAAUGGUACAGUGGCUAUUAGUGUUACGGAAAAAUACCAAAUAUACAUAUUUCCAAUAAACGAUGAUUUGUCAGCCAUAGAAAAUGCUCUGCUCAAUACUAAAUUAAUAGACUGGAAUCGCCGUUUGAUUAUUGUGCCAUCAGUUAAGUGGAGCACAUUGGAAUCUUUGAAAAGAGUAUGCAAGCAACUAGAUGUGAAUAUUAAAUACGAUGACGACGUCCUUGAUUAUAUUUUAGACAAAAAUACGCGCCCUUAUGAUAUCAGUUGUCCACCAAAUACUUAUGUCGGGCCACUGAAACCAGAACAUAUAGACACCAUCGAUAAAGCGUGGACUUUCAAGAGCGAUACAUCCUUCGCUUACUUCAAAAGAUUGAUGGAGAACAACUUAAGUUACGUACUGUAUUCAGAUAAACACGAGCCCAUCGCUUGGAUCAACAUCGACGAAUGUGGAUCUCUUUCUCACCUCUACUGUAUAGAAUCAGAAAGAAAUAAAGGUUACGGAGAAUUCAUAACCAAAGUAGCUUUAAACGAUUUACUAAACAAAGGAAGACACGUCCUUGUUUACACAUUAGGAAAAAAUUAUAAACCACAAAAAAUGUUUGUUAAAAUGGGUUUUGAACCCAUAGGACAAGUUUCAUGGGUGUUCUUAUCAAAACACGAAUGAUGUUGAUUUAUUAAGUGUUUAAAAUUGUAUAUUUGUAUUUUUAUUAUAUGUAUAUUUUUGUUGAGUGAAAAUAUGUGUCAACUCUGUCAUUAUAUAAACAUCAUCUUCUUCUUCCUACCCUUAUCCCAAUUAUUGUAUGGGGUUGGCGUAAUGUUUUUAUCCAUAUUACAAAAAGAUUUGGCUUAUAGUUUUACGACCGGUCGCCUGCCUGACGUCGACCCUCUUUGGGAAACCCUCUCUGUCAUUAUAUAAUAUUAACAGAAAUAAAAUUAUCAAGUAUUA